UAUUGUUUCCUUCGUGAAGUAAAAUAAAUUUUCAAGAAAAAAUGGAAAAUAACCCAAAACAGAAGAGACUCGAGGGAGACUGGUUGGUGGGUAGCUAAUCGUAUUGUUGUUUUUCAGCGUCUGCAUCUUCUUCUCCUUUAGGGUUCCGAUCGUUUAAAAAAAUGCGAGAUUCCUUUACUGAUCGAUUAUAGCAAAAUCGAACGUCGUUUUAAAAUGUCGACUGCGGCCGACGAGGAAGCCGAUGCGGUGCUCAGCGACGUGGAAUCCGAUGAACCUAUACCGAUUGUCAUAAAAGAGCCGUCUCGAGAUGACGUGUCGGUCGAGAAAUUCCGUGAAAUUCUCGCGGAGCUCGAGCGCCAGAAACAAGCACGAGAAGCGACGGAGAAUUCGAAAUCCGAACUACAAGUCUCGUUUAAUCGAUUAAAAGCUCUGGCUCACGAGGCGAUUAGGAAGCGAGAUGAGUGCUCGAGACAACGAGACGAAGCUCUCCGCGAGAAAGAAGAAGCAUUGAGAUCGAACGAGAACGUAUUGGCGCAAUUAGCCGAAGCUAAUAAGAUCAAAGACGAUGCUACGAAACAGAGAGAAGAUUUGGCGAAGCAAUUAGAGGAAGCGACCAAGGGAAAAGAUGGAUUGCGAUCGGAGAUCGAGACUUCUGCUCAUAUGCUUGUUUCUGGUAUCGAAAAAAUAUCUGGAAAAGUUAGUAAUUUUAAGAAUUUCGCUGCCGGAGGAUUGCCGCGAUCACAAAAGUACACCGGAUUGCCCUCCGUUGCUUAUGGAGUAAUCAAAAGAACAAAUGAGAUCGUUGAGGAGCUUGUUAAACAGAUCGAAACCACAGCGAAGUCUAGGAAUGAAGCGAGAGAGCAGAUGGAACAACGGAAUUACGAGAUUGCCAUUGAAGUUUCUCAGCUUGAAGCUACAAUAAGUGGAUUACGAGAAGAGGUUGCAAAAAAAAGUAAUUUAAUUGAAACUUUGGAGAAGAAUAUAGCUGAAAAGGAUGGGAAGAUUGUGGAGAUCGAAAAGGAGAUGUCGCAGAAGAUUAAUUGGGCGGAGAAUGAGUCAAUGGAGCUAAGGAACUUGGCUAGUGAAUAUGAUGAUAAAUUGAAAGGUUUGGAAUCGAAGAUGGAGUUACAGAGGCCGUUACUGGUUGAUCAGUUGAAUUUCGUGUCACGAAUUCAUGAAAGGAUUUAUGAUGCUAUUAAGCUUGUUGAUGCUGAUAAUAUGGAUCAGUCAGACGUGUCAGAAUCCUUUUUUCUUCCACAAGAGACGGAUUUGGAGGAAAAUAUACGUGCAUGUUUGGCAGGGAUGGAAUCUAUCUAUGAGUUGGCGAGAAUUCUUGUUGGGAAAACAAAGGAUUUAGUGGAGGAGAAGAAUCAUGAAGUGAAGGGUUUAAAUGAAACAGUUGGUCGAUUGAUUAAGGAGAAAGAACAUAUUGGCUUUUUGCUUAGGAGUGCAUUGUCCAAGAGGAUGACAUCCGAAAAUAAAUCCAAAACGAAUGAGUUGUUUCAAACUGCAGAGAAUGGUUUGAGAAAGGCUGGAAUUGACUUCAAAUUUAGUAAACUUAUGGGGGAUGGAAAUAAAGCUGAAGCUCAGGACUCAGAGCAGGAUGAAAUAUACACUUUGGCUGGUGCUUUGGAGAAUAUUGUCAAAACGUCUCAGCUUGAGAUCAUUGAAUUGCAGCAUUCCGUGGAGGAACUAAGGGCAGAAUCGAGUGUACUUAAAGAACAUGUGGAGGCUCAAGCCAAGGAGAUCAACCAGAGGAUGCGUCGUAUAGAGGAGCUUGAAGAGAAGGAGAGAGUAGCGAAUGAAAGCGUUGAAGGACUUAUGAUGGACAUUGCUGCUGCCGAGGAAGAAAUUUCAAGAUGGAAAUCAGCAGCGGAGCAGGAGGCUGCUGCAGGAAGAGCUGUUGAACAAGAGUUCUUAACGCAGCUGUCAGCAGUUAAGCAGGAGCUUGAAGAAGCAAAGCAAGCCAUGUUGGAAUCAGAGAAGAAGCUAAAAUUCAAAGAAGAGACGGCUGCUGCUGCCAUGGGAGCAAGAGAUGCAGCUGAGAAAUCGUUGAGGCUGGCUGAUAUGAGGGCAUCCAGGCUGAGGGAUAGAGUAGAGGAGCUUAGCCGUCAGCUGGAAGAGUUUGAAACACGGGAAGACUCAAGGGGACGAAAUGGGUCAAGAUAUGUUUGUUGGCCGUGGCAGUGGCUUGGGCUGGAUUUUGUAGGGUUUCGUAAACCUGAGAUGCAACAACAGAGUUCAAAUGAAAUGGAGCUUUCUGAACCUCUCUCUGAACCACUUCUCUGA